AAGGAGCAGGACAUCAAAGAACUGAAGUUAACCAUUGUGGAGUGCUCCUCAGUAAUAGAGACUUUGCGGGCAGAAAAAAAUAAGCUGCUGAAGAACAUGCAACACAUGCAGCAAGAGCUGAUCUCAAAUGGGUUGAGUUUCCCAUUGCUUUGUAAAUUUAAUAGUAAUAUUCCUGAAGGGACGGAUUCACUUCACUGUGAACUGGAACUUGCUCAGUCUUCUGAGAUUACCAAGACUGAAUGGACAUCUCUGGAUGAAACACUGGACUGUGAAGUGCUGUUUUCACCUCAGGGACCUGAAUAUGGAGGAGAAAAAUUUAAGACUGUCAUGCAAAACCUGCAAGUGGAAGCCUCUGAAGCAGAGGAGCUUGUCAUGACUUCUUUACAAUGGGUAAAAGAUGCUGAUGUGAAUGUGCAACAGGCUUGGGAAGGAAAACUUGUGGUUCUCAAGCAAGAACUAGGAGAAAAAAUACACCUUUGGAUCCAGAAACUUCAUCUCUUGGAAGAAUAUAAAGAAUUCAUAGAUAAGGAUUUUAUUCGAAUGGCAGGAGAUCUGAGGAGGACCAAGACAGAGCAACUUCACCUAAGGAAGGAGCUCUCUGCCAGGUACCCUUCAGAGCAAUGCGAGAUAGAAACUGUCAAACAGUUACGAGAAGAAACUUCUGGCCAGGCAGAAGCCCUUCAUUUAGAGCUACAAAAAGCUACAGAGCAGCUUGAGGUUGCUAGCAAACAGGCGGAGGAUCAAGUUGAAGCCUUUCACUCUGCUUGUGAGGAAGCUGCAUCCUUGAAAUGCAAGUUAGAGGAAGCCAUUUCUGAGCAUCAGAAACUCAAGGAUGUGAACGCAGCUCUAACAAGCACUUGCCAGUUGCUUCAAGAAAAGGUGGAAGACCAGAAAAGCUGCCUUGCUAUGGAGGAAAAAUCAAAGUGCUCACAUGAAAAAGAGGAAGAUGUGCCAACUUCUCUAGCAAUGGUGAAGAACAGCAAUAAGGAUCCAGCUGGUCCUGUAUCAGGAGCAGAUCUGACCAAGAAGGAAUUCUGCUCCAUGACAGAAGAACAGAAGCCUGCUUUUCAACACAUCUUAAAGCAAGAGUGGGAGGUGGACCAGGAAAAGAAAAAUAAUAAAGAACAGAGUGAGGAAGCACCAGCUGUGGCUCUCAGUAAGAAAGGGAGUUCACCCAUGACAGGUGGCAUUAAAGGAGAGAAAACAAAGCAAAAUGAGUCUGACUCCCCUAAUGAGAAAGAAGUGGAGGCUGAAUUUCUGAGGCUGUCUUUAGGUUUUAAAUGUGACUUGUUUACUUUGGACAAGAGAGUGAGGCUUGAAGAAAGGUCCCGAGACUUGGCUGAAGAAAAUUUGAAAAAGGAGAUCACAAAUGCUCUAAAGAUGUUAGAGGCUUUAGCUCCUUUGUGUGAAGAAGAUAACCAAGCACAGGAGAUCAUUAAGAAGUUGCAGAAAAGCUUGCAGUUCCUUAGCCAGUAUGCAGCCCGUGUCGCCAGUAGAGCAGAGAUGUUGGGAGCUAUUAAUCAGGAGAGCCGUGUCAGCAAGGCUGUGGAGGUCAUGAUCCAACACGUGGAAAACCUGAAGCGCAUGUAUGCAAAGGAACAUGCAGAACUUGAGGAGCUGAAGCAGGUCCUGCUCCAGAAUGAGAGAUCCUUUAGCUCUCUUGGAGACCGAGAUGAUUCUACGAAUAAAAAGCUACCAAAUCCUUUUAACUUUAAGCCGUCAGCAUCCCUACGAAGAGUUAGCAUUGCAACAUUGCCUAGGAGUGCUGGAAAUGCAGGUAUUGGGUUGCCACUGGCCCAACUCCAUGAACCUGAUGGAGAUGAACGGAGUGAUAGAUUCAACAGGAGAUCAAGCAGCUGGGGGCGGCUAGGAGCAAAGCAAAAUGAGAAGCGUCCUUCACUACAGCGAUUCAUCAGCACGUAUUCCUGGGCGGAGUAUGACCAUGAAUGUUCUGAAACAAAAAAUGAGCAGUCAGAACUGCCUACUGAAGUACAAGAAGAGCCAUCCAGGAAGGAAAGUAUCUCUGAAAAAGGAAAAUUUUCAUCAAAAUGGAACCUAGAGUCAGCGUGCAAUUUAAUGUCAUCAUGGGCAUCCCAUCUCAAAAAUUCCUUUUCCAAUGCUAACAAAACUGUCUGGGUAUCUGUUUCCAUCCUGGUACUGCUUGCUGCUCUUACAAGCUUCCUCACUGGGCUCUCUCUUCAAAGACCAGCGGAUGCAGCACCUGUAGGAACUGGGAACUCCUGGAAUUCACUACAGCAGCUGUUGUGGCCAUAUACAGGACUUCAACACAAUGGACCACCCCCAGUAUAA